CCCAAUUUUAAGUUCAGAUUUAUAGCAGGAGCUAGAUCGAUUAGUGGACAUGGAGAAUCUUUUCAUUGUGAUUUCUUGCCUUCUAAUUCUUACAAAUCAUCAGCGGCUAUACUGUUCAGCAGGCACGCAGAAUUUGGAAUACCCAUUUCCUUUUAUGACAUUUGACGCUGAAAAGGUGGCUUCAAGGACAUAUGAUUACAUUGUGGUUGGAGGAGGCACAGCAGGGUGUCCUCUGGCUGCAACUCUGUCACAGCACUAUUCUGUUCUGUUACUGGAAAGGGGAGAUUCUCCCUAUGGAAAUCCCGACGUUGAAGACAUUAAAGGCUCUUUCAAGGUUUUUGGGGAUCCCAGCGAAUUCCCUUACGUCGUGGAGGGAUUUGUCUCAGAAGAGGGAGUGCAGUUGGCAAGGGGAAGAGUUCUGGGAGGUGGAUCAGCCAUCAGCCAUGGUUUCCACAGCAGAGCAAGCCUUGAAUAUAUUCGGAAGAUGGAUUGGGAUGAAAAGCUUGUAAAUGAGUCGUAUGAAUGGGUAGAGAGGGUGAAUGCCUUCAAACCAGACAAGCUUUUUCAUUGGAAUUCUGCUGUGAAGGAUGCACUUUUGGAAGCUGGAGUGCUUCCUUACAAUGGGUAUACUUUGGAUCAUUUGGAGGGCACCAAGAUUAGUGCUUCAUCUAUUGACAACAAUGGAAGGAGACACACAGCUGCAGAUCUUCUCAAAUAUGCAAAUCCAGAUAACAUCGUAGUUCUUCUCAAUGCUACAGCCAGUAGAUUACUCUUCAAUUCCUCAUCAGGAAAAGUGAAGGUUAUUGGUGUCGAUUUUAUGAGCAGUGUUGAUGGUCUCUCUUAUCAAGUAUUGAUCAAUCAAUUCUUACAUUGUAGUGAGGUGAUUUUGUCAGCAGGAAGUAUAGGUAGUCCCCAACUUCUUCUCUUAAGUGGAAUUGGUCCAUCAGAUCAACUUAAAGAUUUAAAUCUUUCUAUACUUCUAGAUUUGAAAUUUGUAGGAAAAGGUAUUCAAGAUCCACCACGUGCAACAUUUACCAUUGAAUCCCCUACACCACUUGAAUUCGCUCAAGUACAAGUUGUUGGUAUAGUAGAUGAUUCACAAGUAUACAUUGAGUCUGUUAGCUAUUUCUUACAAGAAAAUGCCACAACCUAUGAAUAUCUAGGAAUUACUGCUAUGAAGGUGGCUUUUCCCUUAUCAAGGGGUGAGUUACAACUUAGAACUACAAACCCUCAAGAUAGUCCCUUUGUAAGGUAUAACUAUUAUUCUCAUCCCUGUGAUCUACAAGAAUGUAUAUCUGGUGUGAAGGUAAUGUCAAAUAUUAGCAAAACAACUUCUAUUCAGAAAUUUGCAUUUAAAGGUAGUGGAAACUCUAGUGUCCUUCAAUUCAUUGGGUUGGGAUUACCUCAAAAUCAAUCCGACAAUAAAGCCUUUGCCAAGUUUUGUAGAGAUACACUAGCAACAUUUUGGCACUAUCAUGGAGGAUGUCAAAUUGAUUUUGUGAUAGACAAAAGGCAUCGUGUAAAAGGUGUUGAUAAUCUACGGGUCGUGGACAAUUCAAUUUUCAAGCAUAGUCCUGGGACAAAUCCACAAGCCACUACCAUGAUGCUUGGAAGGUAUAUAGGAGUUCAUAUUCUUCAAGAGCACAUGAACAAUUGAACUCACUCAGCCAUUUAUAAAUCUCAAUAAAAAUAAAGUAUUGGAAACUUUAUGUAUCUCAUAAAUAAAUGAUGAUGAAACUAAAUUGUAGUAUUUGUAAUUUUACAUAUAUUGUAAUCCUUAGUGGAUCCUCUUCAAUAUAAGUAAAU